AUGAAUCAGGCAUUGUGUGUUGAUAUGCGAGUUGGAGUUUCAGUGUCUUUGAGCCGGGUUGUGAAAGAUUGCUCCAUUGUGAUAGUCGCGCAGACUUUUGCGUUUGACCUUAUCCUCUUGGAGAUGACUAGUUUUGACGUCAUUCUCGGGAUGGACUGGUUAGCUUCGUCUCAUGCUAUGAUCGAUUGUUUCAGAUGUAGAGUCACUGUUUGCACUCCCGAGGAAGAUUGUUUCUUUUUCAUGGGAGAUCGAAAUGAUUUCCAACCUUCAACAUUGUAUGGAGUUCGUGGACAAGGUCAUGGUGAUUAUUUCUUGGCUAGUCUUCAAGUCGAAGAAGAUGAUGUUGUGGAAGCAGUUUAUCCAGUAAUUGUUUGUGAAUUCUUGGAUAUUUUUCCAGAGGAUUUGACAGAAUUGCCUCCACACCGAGAAGUAGAGUUCACUAUUGAUUUGAUGCCAGGUACCGCGUCGAUUUCUAUGGCACCAUAUCAUAUGGCACCAGUGGAGAUGGAAGAAUUGGAGAAACAACUUGAUGAUUUGAGGAUGAAAGGUUUCAUCCGACUAAGUGUGUCACCGUAG